AGCUCCAGCAGAGAGGCCGUGCUGUCAGGACAGGAGCCUCAGGAUGGGGACAGAGGGACUCCUGUCCCUUUGGGUGCUGUGUCUGUUCCUCUGGGUGCAGCCUUGCAGAGGGGCUGCGGAGGUGAGGCUGGCGGAUGGCGGCAGUCGCUGUGCUGGGAGAGUGGAGGUGAAACAUCAGGGCCAGUGGGGGACCGUGUGCAGUUACCGCUGGGACAAGUCCGAUGCUGCAGUGGUUUGUAGGCAGCUGGGCUGUGGGGGUGCUCUCGAAGCUCCUGGAUAUGCACACUUUGGGCCAGGAUCUGGGCCUAUUUGGAUGGAUGGUGUUCAGUGUAAUGGCAAGGAGUCUGCCUUGUCUGACUGCACACACAGGGGAUGGGGUCAAGCAAACUGCGAUCACAGCUGGGAUGCUGGAGUGACAUGCUCAGGAUUUGUGCGGCUGGUCGGAGGGAACAGCCCCUGCUCAGGAAGUGUGGAGAUCUACGACAGGGACCAGUGGAAAGCUGUCUGUCACUCCCACUUUGGUGCCAAAGCUGCCGAGGUGGUCUGCAGGGAGCUGCAGUGUGGCACAGCCCUGUCUGUCCAUGGGGCAGCUCAGCUGGGAGAAGGGGCCGGUCCUGUCUGGGACAGAGAGCUGCAGUGUGUGGGGAAUGAAUCCGUCCUCUCCUUCUGCCCCACGGAGGCCCCCAAGGACAAGGCCUGCACCCACAGCAAUGGCACUCAUGUCACCUGCACACGGUUCAGGCUGGUGAACGGCAGAACAGCGUGUGAGGGCAGGGUGGAGGUCGCGGUGCUGGGGACAUGGGGGACCCUCUGUGCCUCCCGCUGGGACCUCUCGGAUGCCCACGUUCUGUGUCGGCACCUUGGCUGUGGCUUUGCUGAGUCCAUUCCUGGAGGAGGGCAUUUUGGGAGAGGAACCGGCCCCGUC